AUGCAAAAAUUCAUUGACAAAGUUAAGUUACAAAAUACGCAAGGAAAUAAUUCCACUAACAAAAUAUUUCUAAAUAAAAAAAUACAUUUUGAUAAUAUAUUGAAAAAAAAAAAUAGAGAAGCAACUAAAAUAGAAGAAGUUCAGAUAUUAAAUGUUGUUAAAAAAUAUUAUCAAAUGAAGUUAAAAAGAAAAGCUUUUUUAAUAAUUUUAAAUGAAUACUAUAGAAUACAAAGCAUACUAUGUGUAAUUAAAUUAAAUGAUAUUUAUAGAAAGAGGAAACUUGCUUUUUAUGCCUUUUUAAAAAAUAGAUGGUCAUGCAAAAUAAAAAAAUGUGUAACUGAAUCAAUAGAUUAUAUCGUUGAAGUACAUCAAAGAGUAAAUUUAAAAUUACUCUUUUUUAAAAUUCUUAAAAAUAAACUUUUCAAUUCCAAAAAAAAAUAUUUAAAAAUAAAAAAAAAGAGAAAUAAAAAAAUUAUGAUGAAUACAUUUUAUAAAUGGUUUCAUUUGUCUAAGAUAAAUUUAAAUAAUAAAUUUGAAAAGGCUCAUGAUUAUUAUAUUUUAAGAAAAAAAAAAAGAAUUUUUUAUCUUUGGAAAAGAAUGAUAGAUGAUGAAAAUUUUUUUAAAAAUAUUGACAUGACAUUUUUCAAAUUAGAAACAAUAGCAUCAUCAUGGAAAACAAAAUGA